AUGUUUCGAACUGCUUUAUGUUUGGUGCUCGUUUGCCACGUCCUCUUGGCCACAGUCGAAUGUGUCAACGGGUUCGCUUCGGACGACGCGCGAGCCGCUGUGGAAAGCGUGACGCACGCGGACAAGACGACCCGCAGUCUCCAGGCAGCAGAUGCUGCAAAGGAGACGUUGCACGAUGAACGGGAGGAGCACGAGGAAAGGGCACCACAGAGCGUGGUUGCCAUUGUCGAAGGAGGAAGCCCUGUACUGACGAAAGCUGCGGAAGUAAAGGCUGAGGUCGCGGCGGAGGUGGAGAGUUUGGCGAAAGACAAGGGCCUGGUCGACGAGGCAACGGUCAAUAAGUUCAAGACGGCCGUGUCGGGUGAUGAUGGCUUUCUCAAUGCGGUGGCUACAGAUGAGCGGGCCAAAAGACUCAUGGCCGACGGACAGACUGCCGAGGUCCCUGCAAAGGCUGCGACUGUGGGAACGAGCAAGGACCCGGUGGACGAGACCAAAGCUGAUCCAGCGAUUGUCAAGCUUAGGGGAAACGGACAGACGUCUGAGAUUCCUGCGAAAGCUGAGGCCGAGGCAACGCGGAAGUAUUCGGUGCUCGAGCCAAAAGCUGACACAUGGAGUGAAUCGGAAAAGCUCGCUGAAGAACUUGCCAGAUGGGACAAGGCGCUGAAACAGUAUACGGCGUCCAGUGCGAAGAUCAAGAAGUUGGAAGAGCACAGCAUGCUCAAAGUCUUUCUAAUUACGCAGGCCAUUACGCUUUCAAUAAUCUUGGUCGUUGCUGCUAUAGCUUCCGCUAUUGAACAGCGUAACGAGGCAAUUGCUGAAGCAAAGUUGUAUGCAUAA